AUGUCAUUAUUCGGCAAUUUGGGCAACAAUGCCCAGCAGUCCUCUGGGACUUCACUCUUCGGCAAUGCCAACAAUAACAACAACACUCAAUCCUCACAACCCGCUCAGUCAACCUCUCUAUUCGGCCAGGCUCAGCCCGCGCAAUCCAACACAACUCCUUCGCUUUUCGGCGGCGCAACACAGCAGAACCAGCAGAACCAGCAACAGGCGUCGACUCCAUCCCUCUUUGGCGGUGCUGCUCCACAGCAGACUUCUACCCCUUCUCUGUUCGGCGCAUCCGCUCAGCAACCUCAACAACAGCCGCAACAACAACAACAGCAGCAGCAGCAACAGCAAUCUGGCGGCAUGUUCGGCUCUACUAACAACAACAGCGCUCAAACACAGCAAAAUGCGAGUCUUUUCGGACAACCUGCUCAGCAGUCGGGCAGCCUCUUCGCUCAGCCAACCAAUGAACCUCAGCAACAACAGCCCGGCAUGUUUGGAACCAACAAUGCAAACUCUCUAGGUGCUUCUCUGCUCAGUGCCUCCAUGUCCGCCUUGCCCUCGGCCCUCGUGAACAAAUCUUCAACCAUCGGAUUCAACCAACAGUCCAUGGCUCCUCCACGCGACAAGACCAUUCCCCAGCAAAUCGAGUCUAUCUCUCAGAAAUGGAACCCCGAAACUGCCGAAUGCAUGAUGCAACACUACUUUUACGUCCAAGUACCUGAAGAACAGACUCCUUUCAUCAGCAUGCCACCGAAUGCCGAUGAACGCGAGUGGGAGAAGGCUCUGCGCAACAAGCCCACGCCAGGAUCCGUACCCGUAAUCGCAAAAGGAUUUGAAGCAUUGGGCACGCGUUUGAAGACACAGGUGGAAGCGGUCAAGCAACUGCAGAUGCGCCUACAUGAGAUGAACAACAGUCUGGGAGCCAUGAUGCAAAAGCACGAGUUGGUGCUGAGUGUCAGAGCGGCAGAAGCCAAGAGAAAGCACAUUGGUCUGAGUCAAAGAUGUCUUGCGUUGGCGGUUCGCGCUCAAGUACUCGCAAACAGAGGAUUCGUGCUGGACGGCGCUGAGGAAGAGCUCAAGAAGAAGUUGGCGACUCUGGAGAAGGCAGUGUUUGAUCCAGCAUUCUCGGGCAGAGAGGAAGAGAUCUGGGCACGCAUGGUGGCCAUACGGGAAAGAACGAGAUGGCUCCAGGAAGAGAGUGAGAAGCUCGGCCGCCAGAUUACCGGAGAGAAUGGUGGACUCGACGAGCAGGUGAUUGAAAAGGCAAAGAAGAUUCUUCAAGACUACGACACACAGAUCCAGCACUUGCGCAAAGAGAUGGACCAAAUCAAGAAGGAGUAUGAGGAAUGGGAAGCUGCUAGCAAGCCCAGCAAAUAA